AAAGAGGCACGGCGCAUGUGCGUGCGAAUCAAACCAGUGCACAGGCCACGGAGAGGAACGAUGUUGCCAACCACAGCACCACCGUAGUUGUGCUUGUCGACGGUGCAGCAAAAUAUCCCCCCGAAGUUCCGGUGGCCACGGAGAACGGGGCGGGGGGAGACAUGCCACCGUGAGGGUUUUCUUUGGUUUUGGAGAAGCCGGUUUCGUCUUCCAACAUCCCCUGCAGCGCGGGGCAAGAAAAUACGGCGUGGGUGGUCGAUGGGCCAUCGGUCACGGCCCGCACCGGAGGAACGUACGUCGUGUCCAGGCAAUUGGCGGUGUCCGCGGUGCGAAUGAAAAAUUCGUCCCCGAAGGCGGAACUGCGCUGGAUUUUUGGGGUGCCGGGGUCCACUGAGACGCCGUUUAUGGGACUUGAAGCAUUCGCCGCGGUGACAAGGAUUGCCACGCAAGAGCAGUCGUCCGUUUCGAGCGUGGCGUUCCCAGCGACGAAAGAAUCGGUGCAGUUCCCGUAGGAAACCUUUCCGUCGACGAUGCAGACCGCGUUGUCGGUGCAUUGGAUAUGUUCGACGCUGCCCGCAAUGGAGAGAUCGGCGCUCCCGCUGGCAACGGCUUCUAUGGGCUUCGGACGCUCGUGGCCUGCUUCCAGGGUGACACUGGCGUUUCGAGCGGCCGUCACCACGAGCGUUCGGUUGGCGAACGCUUCGUCGGGGACAUUGCUGUUUUCGCUCUCGAGGGUGUCGAGAAUCGGGGGCCUUGCGAUCGCUUCGACCGCAACGCGGUCCGUCGCAACCAGUGAAGCCAUGUUGGUGAAUCCCUCCUUGAUCCGAACGACAAUAUCACCCGCCAGGUAGACCUGUUCCAGCUGGCGAAAGGGAAAACCGAUCCAAACACCGUACGAUUGGGUUUUGGGAAAGGUCGUUGCUACUCCAGAGUCCGGGCCGUCAGUUUUUGUGGGUUCCGUGUCUUUUCGUUUCAACAAGUCUAGGUUGUAUUGGAGGUUGAUGAAUUUUCCGCUCUCUCCUUCCCCGAACACUAUUUCCUGGAUUAGUCCUUCUGGGUAGGUGAAAACGGUGAUUAGGGGAGUAGUGUCGGUCGCUGUAUUGAAAUAUACAGGUUCGAUGGUGUGGACAACGUUGUGCAUGCUUCCCUUGUAUUCUUGACCGCCAAAUAUGCAAUUGUUUUCGCUUUCAGCUGUUCCUCCCAUGGUCAAAUACAGUCCAGUGAUAUCUUCCCUCUGCAGGGUAGUGUACUCAACGAAAUCGUAGAGGCUGACACCCUGACUAGAAUCAGCAGCAGAUGCAACCUGGGACGUGAGGAGAGCACCAAUGGUAAGAAGUCUCGCUGCUCUCUUGCUUGCUGGAAAGAACAAUUCCGUCAUGUUGCGGUAGUUUGCGUUGUGUUGAUUUCUGUUGUGAUUUCCAAAGUCUUGCUUCGUGUUACUACUUUUGACAAAUAAUGAUGAAGGGAAAAAGAAUGCCUUGCUCUACAUUCUAUUCUUUUUGCCGAAGAAUGGUGGAACAUAUUUUUCCUGCCUUGAUGUUCGAGAACUCUGCUUUCUACCACAACGUGUUGUACGGUACUGGUAGAGCAGAAGCUAAAAAUGUGAAGCAUCAAAGCAUCACACGAUGCGAAGAGAAACCUGAACUGACUUGUUGUCACGGUCGUCUCAUUUUUUUGCACUUACCUCCGAGGAGGUAUGGGUGUACUCUUACGAGUACGUACGUACCGUAAGGCGUAAGGCAGGGGUCAGAAGUGUUUCAGUCACAAGUGUCAGCCAGUCACACGAAGUUGAAUGAUAACAUACAUAAACGUAUAAUUUUUUU